CUGCGUCACUUCCUGCCGGCCCGCGCCUGCGCGCUGUCCGCGGUGCCGUGAGUAGAGGCGGAGGGGCCGAUCCGUACGUGAGGGGCCGAGUGGUGCUGCCUGUCGCCGCCAGCCCGGACAGCCCGGACAGCUUUCCCGUGCUCAUACACUGGUACCUGCUAACAUGGCAACACCACGACUUCAGCGAACGAUGUCCCGAACGGGCGAAAGUUUAUAUAAGGCACUAGGAUUGGAGAAAGGAGCUACACCAGAGGAGAUCAAAAAAGCAUACAGAAAACUCGCUCUCAAAUAUCAUCCAGACAAAAAUCCAGACAACCCUGAUGCAUCAGAAAAGUUUAAAGAAAUAAACAAUGCCAAUGCUAUUCUGAACGAUGACAAUAAGAAACGCAUCUAUGAUGAGUAUGGCUCAUUUGGACUAUAUGUGGCUGAGCAGUUUGGAGAGGAGAGUGUCAAAUACUACUUUUUGAUGAACAAAUGUUGGUUUAAGGCUCUAUUUAUAUGCUGUGGCCUACUCACUGGAUGCUGCUGUUGCUGUUGUUGUUGCUUCUGUUGCGGAAAAUGUAAACCAUCAGGUGAAAUGGAAGAUUAUGAUAUUAUUAAUCCUGAAGAUUUGGAAGCACAGAUUAAAGCAGAACACACUGGUGAUGAUGGGGUAAACGUUGUUAACACUCAACCAGAAGCAAGUUCGCCAUCAGAAAAUGCAAAUAAAGAACGGCAGGCGUAAAUGUUGACUUCAUCAUUCAUCCAGUCUGAAUCAUUGGAAUCUUAAUCAACUCAGCUGUUAUCAGACCAAAAAUAUGGCUGCAGGAGUGAUAACUAGAAAAGGAGAAUCCAGGAUGUGUUUCAACUAAACAUUUGAGGGUUCUGAAGACUAAUUUUAAUUGAAUGUAACUGGGAUGUAAUGUAACUGAGAUUAUGAUGGUUUCCUAAAGGAUCUUCACAUGCAACCAAUGCAUUUGUAAAUUUUUGUACACUGUUUAUGUUGGUAAAUUCAACUACAGAGCAACUGAAUCAUUCUUAUGGGAAAUAACCUAUUUUAAACAGACUCAUUUCGCGUUUAUUUUUUUUUAAGUAGUUAGGUCUUGAACAGAAAUCAUAACUUUAUACUUCAAUCCACUGAUUCUGUAAGUGAAUAGAAAAGGUAAGAAUUUUCACGUUGCACUGAUUUUGGACUUUAUAAUGAAUAGCUGCUGGCAAAACACUGCUCAGUGUAAGACUUAUGAACUGUAGUUUUGGCUGGAGUACACUUUUACUAUGUUUACCACCAAAGUUUGUCUUGUUCAACGUGUAUAAACAGUAGUUAUAUCAAAUUUUAUUUGGGAAUAAAAGUGUGUCUUUAAUAUUUCUGAUAUUGAAUUAAAAGUAAUUUAAUGUAUAAGGGCAUUUAAACCUUUCGAUAGGGAGCAGGUGUGUAAUGUGCAGCAGCUAUAAUUGACCAGGUAGAUGUUUUUGUUUAAAAGGCAUAAUUUAUUAGAAUUAAAGCCUAAUGAUUUUUUUUUUUACAUUUUACGGGUUGCUGGCUCUGUCAAGCUGUAUUCAUCUUUAAAAAAAGCAUAUAUUUGGCCUUGUCGUACUGUUCAGCACAGCACUUUUAUUAAUGAUUGAAAUUUGUGCCAAAUAGUUAAUUAAGUGGAUUCAGUUAUCAGAAAUGUCUGUGAAAAGUUAAGUUUGUAUAUUAUAAUCCCAAAUCCCUGGGUACACAUGUACAGUAUCAGCUAAAUUGAAAAUGCAAGUUUGCCAUUUGACUCCUAUGUCUUAUUAAAAACGGUAGUCUGACCAAAAAUAUUCUGUCACUUAAGUGUAGAAGAUUAAUGUUGACCUUCAGAUUUACAAUAUAUUUAGUUGUGAAUCUCGUGCUGCUAUUGUCAGGAUUUGAAUUUUCUGGAAGUCAUUGUUUCACCUCCUUUACCAUAUUUCUAAAUAGAUUUUAUGGUGAGAUCAUAAAAUCUUAGAAGUGCAGAUUUCACCAGAAAUAAAAUUUGUUGGUUAUGCAUUAAGAUUCUUUAACUAAUGGUUCCCAAUAAAUGAGAUAAAAUGUAGUGCAAAAACAUUUUGCACUUUACAGUGUAAUCCUUAUAAUCUGUUGAAAAGUCAUCCAUUGUUCAUUUUUGUUUGGUGUGUCCAGUUCGUUUGCAAUGUAGGGUCAAUUUUUAAAAACUCAUUCACAAACACAAAUGGUGAAAGUGAAUUUCCAUAAUGCACCGUGGCUGCAACUGAGCGAGAAUAUUUGAUUUAAUGGACCACUGACUCUAAUGUGAUUUUUUAAUUUUUUUUUUUUUAACUGACUUCAUGCAUACUUACGGCCAAAUUUUACAGAUGCCAUAUAUAUAAAUAUUACAAUUGCACAUUAAUUGGAUUGUUUAAUUUUUCUACAGUGGUCAUUCAAAAAGACAAUAAAGCACUGGAAUUUAUGGUGUUUUAAAAAUAUAGAGCAUAAAUUACAUCCAUAACCUCAACCUUGCGUUCAUUUUAGUUUUGUUAGAAUUGGCGACUACUCUUCCAUAUGAAAUUGGGAUGUUCUUUUACCUGUAAAACUGGUUUUCAUUCCUCAAUUUUGGUCGAAAGCAAACAAAUCUUUAUAUUGCUUGUAGACUUUUCAUAUUUUUUAAUAGUUUCCACAAUUUAGUCUUGUUAAAUGAGUUUUGAGCUGUCACUAGAUUUAAUCAUAUUGUGCAUGCCAACUAAAAUGUUUUUUUACAAGCAUUGUAAGAGAUUAAUCAAUGUAAACAACAUAUUUGAAAAAGUGUCGGAAUUGGUAACUAUUUUUAUUGAUUUGGGUAAAUGUAAAUUGAAUUUAUGCUUCAUUUAUAAUGUAAUGACUGAUUUUUUUUAAUUGAUCAUUUUGUUGUGUUUAAACUUAUUAUUGUACCCAAAGGAUCUGUGCACAUAUUUUAAUGUAUAUGUUUACAGCUGUCAAAAUUCAGCAAUGAAAAUAGUUUUAUGUUAAGCUAUUAACAGAACAAGCAUCAUUGAAAAAGCUCUUAAAGUUGCAGUUUAUUAUUGUAUCAAUUUUUUGCAGUCACUAAAAAACAAUUUAGUACCCAUUUGAAAA